GUUUCUGCAAAGGCACAUGUGCAAGACUUAUUACGUGAAGAGUUAGUUAAAGCUUUUCCUGAUAAAUCAAAUUUCAAUCCUACAUUUGAUGAAAUUAAUUCUUUGGAAUUUUUAAAUUGCGUAGUUAAAGAAACUUUAAGAUUACACUCUCCAGCUGUCAUGAUUAGGCGAACUAAUAUUAAAGACAAAGUUUUUGGGAAUUAUUUAAUUCCAAAGAAUACUAUAAUAAUGAUUUCAAUUAGUGGACUUCAUAAAUCACCUGAAAUUUGGGGUCCAACAGCUACUGAAUUUGAUCCAAAAAGAUGGCUGGACUCUACUUUAACUGAAAAUGUAUCAAAUUUAAAUUUUUUACCUUUCAGUGCUGGCGCAAGAAGUUGCAUUGGAAAUAAAUUAGCUUUAGUUGAAUUUAAA